AUGCAAAAUGCUAUUGUGCAAGUGGCUAAAUCCGAAGCGGCUAAUAAAGCUUUAGUUGAAGGACAAUCCAAGAUGGCGGACGAAAUACGAAAAUUGAAAUCAACCGUGGAAGAACUUGAAAAUGAGAACAAAUGUAUAAAAAUGGUACUGGAUAUCAAGCAAGACGAAUGGCAAAAGGUCCAAACGAAAAAGGCCUCAAGUCUAAAAAAGAAUGGACAGAAAUUUAAAAUUUCUGUGCAAAAUAGCUACACAGGACUUGAAAUUGAAGACAGUCAAUUUACAAGUUUCCCAGAGAUUGUAGAAAUCGACGAGCAAACAAAGAGGCCGAGUCGAAAGUGCGAGAACUAUACUUCGAACCAUAAGGCUAAUCAUUCGAAAAUCAGCCCGGGAAAUGCUGCAACAAAACCCCAAGAUCCAGCAAAGACAAAUGAAAAAGUAACCCUUGUCAUUGGUGACUCAAUGGUAAAAAACAUUAAUAGCAAGAAGAUUGAAAGGGCUACUGGACACAGGUCGGUCUGUCACUCAUACAGUGGAGCCAGAGUGAAACAGAUAGAAGAGAAGAUAAAGAAUGAUGGUGAUGGACAAUAUGAUAGUGUCAUCCUUCAUGUGUUUGGUAUACUGUUAUUUCAAAUGUUCUUAAUGCUAACAAAGUGGCAAAGGAUAUGGAUGAUCUUAUCAAUGAGGUGAAAACCCACACAAAGAAGAUUGCUGUCUCUAAUGUCAUUAUGAGGUAUGAUGGUAGAGUCCAUUCCAAUAAAAUAGAACAGUAUAACAAAUUAUUAGAAAACUUAUGUCUUAAGCAUAAUGUUACCCUCAUAAAAAACAAUAACAUAGAUGAGUCUCGACUAAAUGGCUCAAAACUGCACCUAAACCGAUUUGGUGAUAUAGCACUUGGCAGUGCUUUCUGCUCUUAUCUGAGAUCACUUAGAGUUAGAGCUAGAACCCCUGGUACUCUGCAGGGUUCUGUAGAUAGUAGGAAUGACCAUUUUUUAUCCAAAGUUUAUGGUCAUCGGGCCAGAGAGUGGACAAUUCACCUGAACCGUGUCAGGCGAAUGAUGACAUGAUACCUAGUGUAGGUAAUUCUAAUAAUGUAAGCAGCGAUUUUCACACCUGUCUCAGCUCUAUCCCUAAAGAAAGAGGCUUUAAAAUGGCUUUUCUAAAUGUUGUUAGCUUACCCAAAAAAAUUGAUGAAAUAAGAUAUUCAAUGUCAAGCAAGAACAUUGACUUAAUUGCUUUCAAUGAGACUCGACUUGAUUCAAGUAUAAGUGAUAAUAUACUUCACUUGAAUGAUUAUGAUAUAAUUAGGAAAGACAGAUCAAGAAAUGGGGGUGGAGUAUGUAUCUACUUGCGUAGCUCCAUAAACUACAACAUAAGGAAUGAUCUGAUUCCCACUGAACUAGAGGCUGUUUGCAUAGAAAUUAUCAAACCACAUUGCAAACCAUUUCUAGUCACAACAGUCUAUAGACCACCCAAUGCAUCAGCAGAUUUCUUUGAGCAUUUUGAAAACUUAAUCAAAACUUUCGAUGAUGAAAAUAAAGAAUUCUAUAUUCUUGGUGAUUUAAAUUGUGAUAUGUUAAAGACAGGUAAUGAAAAUAUGCCGAUAAAGAAAAUUAAAUCUUUAUAUGAAUUGUAUCAAUUGUCACAAUUAAUUCAGGAAGCUACCCGAGUAACUAUGACAACCUCCACCCUUAUUGACCACAUAAUUACUAAUACUCCAGAAAAAAUUUCUGAUUCUGGUGUUAUCCAUACUGGAAUAAGUGACCAUAGCUUAGUUUUUGCAAUUAGAAAGAUCUCUAUUAUUAAGAAACUAGAAAACACAAUUGAAAUUAGAAAUAUGAAGAAAUUUGAUACCCAAAAAUUUGUUGAGGAUCUGAUGCAACAACAGUGGGAAAAUGUGUAUUUUUUCGCUGAAACUCCAAAUGCAAAGUGGGAAAUUUGGAAAAUGCUAUUCUUAGAAGUUUUAGACAAACAUGCACCCCUUCAAAACAAAAAGAUCAGAACAAGACGAGUCCCUUGGAUUACAAGUUCCAUAAAAGAACUUAUUAAUACAAGGGACAAGCUUAAAAGAAAAGCCAUUAUUACGAACCUCGAAAAUGAUUGGUUAAGUUAUCAAAGAACUAGGAAUAAAGUAAAUAUAGAACUAAGAAAUGCCAAAAAAGAUUACUAUUCCACGAAAAUUGCUGGUGAUAAGUCCAAUCCUAAGAAAGCUUGGAACACCAUAAACAGUUUAUUGGGAAGGCAAAACAAACCAACAAUUGUAAAUGAACUAAGACUUGGUGAAAAUAGUUUAACUAACCCUAAAGAUAUUGCAGUGGGUUUUAAUGAUUAUUUUUCAAAUAUUGGCCCAAAUUUAGCUAGCCAAAUUAAUACUUCAAAUUUGAACUUUGAAACAUAUGUCAAAAAUACUGAAUCAGAAUUUACCGCAUUCCAACCUGUCACGGUCAAUCACGUCUACCAACUUCUGACUGGUCUCUCAAGCAACAAAGCCACAGGUGUCGACAAAAUUUCUUGCAAAAUUAUUAAGAUUGCUUCACCUGCUAUCUCAGAUUCACUAACACAUAUUUUUAAUCAGGCCAUUACUCUGUCCUCAUUCCCAGAUGAAUGGAAAAUGGCUAGAGUAAUACCUCUGUACAAAAAUGGCCAACGUAAUGUGGCAGGAAAUUACAGACCAAUUUCUGUCCUGCCAGCCAUUAGCAAAAUUAUGGAAAAAAUUCUGUAUAAUCAACUGUACAGUUACUUAUCCAAAUUUAGACUUUUAAGUGAUAGCCAAUUUGGUUUUCGAAAAUUUCAUUCUACGGCUACUGCAUUAUUAGAUUGUACAAAUGACUGGUAUGUGAAUUUAGACAGAAAAAUUUUUAACCUGGUUGUCCUAAUUGACUUAAAAAAAGCAUUUGAUACAGUCGACCAUCAAAUUUUAUUGAGGAAAUUAGAGCUGUAUGGUAUAAAAGGCCAGGCACUAUCUUUUCUCAAUUCAUAUCUCUCAAAUCGAAGUCAGAAAUGCCAAAUAAAUGGAUUUUUGUCAUCGGAGAAAGUGAUUAGAUGUGGUGUGCCACAGGGCUCUAUUUUAGGGCCAUUAUUCUUUUUAUUGUACAUCAAUGAUUUGCCCCAAUGUCUAUCAAAAACAAAACCUCGGUUAUUUGCUGAUGACACAAACCUGACAGCUUCUGGCGACUCGAUAACUCGUCUUGAAGCUGCAGUGAAUUCUGAUUUAGAAAACCUAAAAAUGGCUAAUUGCCAAUAAACUUAGCCUCAAUGUUGCAAAAACUGAAUUUAUGUUAAUUGGCUCAAAACAAAUGAUUAAAAGCGUUUCAAAUUUGCAGCCAAAUGUGGUAAUUGAAAACAAACAGAUUAAACAAGUGCAUGAGUGCAAAACUCUUGGUGUGACAGUCGACCAGCAUUUGUCGUGGAAAAGUAACACUGAAAAUAUUUGCAGGAAAAUAACAUCAGGAAUUUCUGCUCUUAGACGUUUAAAGGAUUUUGUUGACAGGCAAACGCUUCUUUCUGUUUAUAAUGCUAUUGUUCGCCCGUACUUCGAUUACUGCUGUGAAGUAUGGGAUGUGUUCGGUGAAACACAAUCAAAACGACUUCAAAAACUCCAAAAUAGAGCUGCUCGAAUUAUCAUGAAUAUGAGCAAUGACACAGAUCAUUCUGUAGCAUUGCAAGCAUUGGGCUGGAAGACACUUAAAGUAGAAAGGAAGAAAGCCAAGGCAAAAAUGAUGUAUAAAUUAUUAAAUAACAUGGGCCCUCAAUCACUCACUAACUUAUUCACUUAUAAAAGUGAGAUGACUAGCUAUAAUCUUCGAAACGUUUCAAGUACUCUUUAUUUACCGCAACCGCGGACUAAUAAUUUGAAAAAAAGUUUUAUGUACGAUGGAUCAUUCCUUUGGAAUUCUAUUCCAAAGGAAAUUAAAGAGAGCAAAUCUCUUUCUUCUUUUCGGACGAAAAUCGCUGCUCACAUUGAUAAUUAAAGCAAAUAUAUGCAUCUGUAAAUACAUUAUUAUCUCAUAUACUUAAUAUAUUUUAUACUAUGUUUUCUAUUUUGUAAAUAGCUUUUAAAUACUUUUCAUAUUUGCUGUAUACUUCUUGUUCACACGCCCCUCGUGGAAAUCAGCUGUAGUUGACGAGGUUAGCGUGGUUAAAUAAAUCUACCUAUCUAUCUAUCUAGGAUCAACCAAAGGCUUUGUUUACAAAACCGGCUUGAAACCAGAAUUUCAGUAUGAACUUUUGAACUUCGCAAAGAACUUGCAAUUUUUGGACUUCUUAGUAAAAUAUGUUCCCCUGAUCACCCCACCCAAUCUUUUAAUUCCUAAGAGAUUGGUUGCAAUUCACCUAUAACGUAGCAGCUUGAAGAAUAACGGUAUACUAGAAUGCGCUGAAGGGAGUACAAUUUAUUGUCGCCAUUGUCUCAGAGUAAAAAUGCUAUAAUUGCUAAUGAGCUCGUCUUCAUUGACGUUGCCGUUCAGUUUCCCAAAUUCGCUAAUAUGAUAAAAUAUACGACCAGAAGUGGUUUAUAUGGCUUGAAACACGACUACCCUAGAGUCCACCCCUUCAUAGCCCCCUGCCCCACACCACCUCUUUGGCGGCCCUCCAUCUCCACAGGAAAAAAAUAACUUUCCAUUGAUGGAUUUUUGAAUGUAGAAGCUGCCCUCUUACCUGUGGUAAAUUAGUAAAAACCAUGAUUUAAAGUUUGUUCGUUAACUGCAACCAGGUAUAUCAAUCAUGUUUCGCUCGCUACUCUGGUUUAAAUAAAUGAUUACAAAGCCCAGUCGAAUUGUAAUCAAGACCCAACGUUUCGACACUCCAAUCUAGUGUCUUCAUCAGGAGUGAUCUAAAGUUACAAUCGUGGCUUCUUAAAUACCCAAGGGAUGACGUCACCUGCCAAUGAAAUGCAUGUAUUCCUCUGGCAAAUAGGCACCGUCAUCCCUAUUCAAAGCAUGAUUGCUCAUAUUUAUAUGCCACGCUUCUAGGCAAAGUCUUUGACCAUAGCGAUUGUUUGUGGUAAUUACUUUAGAGUUUUCCCACGCAAUCUCGUGUUUGGUGUCACACACAUGCUCUGCUAAAGCUGAUUUUCCCUUGUCUAAAGUCGAAACAGCCUUUUGAUGUUCUUUUAGUCGUGUACCAAACUGGUGUUUAGACUGACCCAAAUACUCUUUCUCGCAGUCACCGCAUGGUAUAGUAUAUACAGCAUGAGUUUUCUGAUUCGACUGGGCUUUGUAAUCAUUUAUAUUUAAACCAGAGUAGCGAGCGAAACAUGAAAAACCAUGAUGUUUAAUAUUUACGUUAUUUUCUUCCUGGGCACAAGAAAAUACCAUUAAUGAUAAAUAUGAAACAUCAUGUUUUUACCAAUUUACCAUAUGGGAAAUAAUGGUAUGAGUUCGGUUUUUACAUUGAUAGUAUAUAUGGUAAAUCUUUAGAAACCAGUCAGAAGCCCAUUAAUGGCAAUUUCAAAUUUUUCCUGUGCUCGCCAGAUCUCAAAAUUGAUUAUCUGUUUGUAGUUCCUAGCAUGGCUCCAGUGAUAUUGAAUAUCUCGUCUCCAAGCUCUACAUCACUAGAUUUAUCAUGGACUACGAUCAACGAUCUAUACUGGCAUGGUAUCCAACAAGGCUACUGCGUGAGAUAUGUUGCCAGAGGCUCUCCAGUUAGUGAUAUUCACUACGUAACUAAUGUCGCUCAACUGGAAACCGUUGUUACGAACUUGAAUCAUUUUACAAAAUAUUAUGUCUUUGUUUCUGCCAAGACAACACCCGGCUGUGGAGCUGAAGCUAGCACAAGUUUUGUCACCUUGGAACAUGGUAAGAAAACAUAUUUUGUUAUACAGUAGAAGCUAGAAGAGGACACUCUCGGAACCGAGUCAUAAUGUCUGUUUAGGGAAGAUGUCUGCUUAUGAGGGGUACACUAUAGAUUUUUGCCUUUCUUCAUCCAUAGCCUAUCGAAGGGAAGAUGGCUGUGACCAAAGGUCGCGGGUUCGAUUCUCACCGUGGUCAGGCAAACUUUUCAGCUUGCCCGGUGUGGAUGCACACUCAGAGUAACACCGCAAACAUAAUAUAACUCAUCAUCUAUGUUAGUCAACGUUUAUUCAUAAAUCUGGUCCUUUACUGUCACGUGUGUAUUGUAUUUUUGCCCAACUAACCAAUAGCAAUGUUUUAGGAAAGUUACCUAUCCGUGACUCGAACGAGCAAUAGGAAAAUUGGAAAUUGCUAUUGGUGGAUUUGGCAAAAAAAUCAAUACACACGUGACGGUGAAGGACCAGAUUUAUGAAUAAACGUUGACUAACAUAGAUAAUGAGUUAUAUUGUUAUUCUAAUGAGUUUCACAGCCAUCUUCCCUUUGAUAGGCUAUGCUUCAUUCUACUAGUCUUUAUAUUCAACACCAAACAGUGGCCCCUGUCCGAUCAACAAUUGGGGAUGGGAGUAGAAAGUUGUGAACGGACAGUGGUAGUAUCUUGCGCGCAUCUACUCAUGAAUCUAAUAUAAAGCUCUAUGUGACUUACGCCCGUAUUCUAAAAGCUCACUCACACUCAAUGAGUGGAGGUUCAUCUGAGCUUCUCUUGAACGUCAAUGCUGCUUUUGAAUAGCUGGAGGGGUAGUGCCAUACGUUACUAUGUGACUGCUCACCCUCCAGCUAUUCAAAAACAGCAUUGACACUCAAGAGAAGCUUAGAUUGAACCUCCACUGAGUGAGUGUGAGUGAGCUUUUAGAAUACGGGCGUAUAUCUCCCACUGAAUGAAUUGUCAAGUAUUCUGAAAUCAACUUUUGACACUUCUCUCCAAGUGCCUCCACCAAAAUGCAGGAAAUGCCAUUUUUGAGACUCAAAAAUUUUUUUUCCGGGCGAGUAUACCCCAGGACCCCCAGAAUUGUGACUUCCAGUUGCAAAAACUAGACGGAUAAUAAAUCGUCAAAUCUUUGAAAAUGGUUUGCGCUGUGGAAACUGAAGCGUUAGACAAAAAUAAUUCAAUUUGCAAAUAUUUAUACGAGAACAACAUGAACAAACAAAAAAUGAACAAACCUGGAUUCAAACCAUUUAACGAUUAUUUCAAUUUCCCGCAGUUCCAAGCGAGCCUCCACAGAAUGUGAAUGCAACUAGCCUGACGUCAUCAGUUGGCAUUUUGGUCACGUGGGAUGAAGUGAGACCUGAGGCGAGACAUGGGGUUAUACGUGGAUACAAGGUUUCAUACGAGAAAGCAGGUGGGGUGGUAAAGUGGAAAAACGUGGAUGGAGGUGACAGUCGAGAAGUGAACAUCACAGGAUUGCAGUUUCUUACUGAGUAUAAAGUCAAGGUGUUGGCCUAUACCAGCGUGGGAGAUGGUCCUGAAUCUGCUGAAAUAUCCGUUACUACUGAUGAAUCAAGUAAGUAUUUUUCUUAAUGUUUAAUUGUCGUUUUCAAGUUCCACGCUCAAUAUUCCAAAUUUAGAAACGUAAUUAGGAAUAUUCAUGGGAAUUGCGCUUUGAAAAGUUAGCUGAAAUCGACAAUAAUAGUUCAUUUUCUUGAAGAGGCUAAAAUGAAUAAUAGUUGGAGGGUUUUGUAGAUGGAAAUUAUUGAGUGGAAAUUCUAUAUACAUUUAUUGCACCUAACUAGGAACAGCUGCGAAAAAAUGCAACUUUAGGGCCCUGGCAGGAAUCGAGCCUGCGACCCUGCGAUUCCGGUGCAGCGCUCUAACCAACUGAGCUACAGACGCCAGCUGUAGAGCUCUAACCACAAGUUCAUGUAUAUAUUCAACUAUUAUUCAAUCGAGUGAGAUGCCAACAAAAUCUUGUUAAAAUGAAUUAUGCCGGAAAAUACAACAUAUAAACCAUCUUUAAUCAAUACCUAGUAACGAUUAUUCAACUGUUGAGCAUUUUUAACUUUAAUGAGCUUACUUCAGCCCGGUUAGCUGGAUUAACUCGCUACAUUGUAAUCGUAAUCUGGCCAAGAGGCUGGAUUUUGGUGGAAAUAGUGGGGAAGUUGGAAAAAUGUUUAGGGGAGGUGCAGCAGUCUAGCUGACGACCCCCAUGGAAUGUUAGGGCUUAGAACGGCCAAAGUCAACGGCGUGACGUAUGCAUGUAGUGUACAUAUGUAUCAGUGUAUUAAUGAAGGAUGACUGUACAACUCAUCCAAUUUUGCCCUUCAUUACAAUUACUACGAAGUUUCUUUCAAAACAUUGCAUUAAAAGGGUUCUUGACACAGAGAAGAAUGGCUAUCACUGUUUCAAUUUUACAGAAAAACUUUCUUACGAAGUGUGGACCCUAAGCAACCAAAAAAGUCAAAUUUUCACUUUGUAUAUCUGUUUUCAUUGAAACUUUCCCAAAGGAAAGAUGCAUGAUUUUUCAGGGGAGGUGCAAAAAUUCUCAGGCGAGGCGCAAAACGAUCUCAGGGGAGGUGCACACGUCCUCUCAAAAUCCAGCUAUGAAUCUGACAGUCAACUCGUUUAGCCAGGGUCAAUCAAUCAAUUUAUUUACGACACAACAUUACCUUACAAGAUUCCCUUACAUAUACUAACUCGUAUACUAUAAUAACAUUGGUCCCAUUUUACAAACCAUUAUUUGUUGAAUUAUAUUUUUAAAAAACAUUGUUGCGCAGAAGAUUGAGCAGUGAAAAAGCUCGAGAGAACUUGAACAAGCACUGAUCAACCAACGGAACUGGGAAGGAGAUUUUUAAGAAUCUAUGUAUUCAAAUGAUUGAAUGAAAAAGGAGAUAUGGCUAUAUAGCAAUAUAUCAUAUGUAAUAGGUCGCUAAGUGGCCACUUCUUCUUUCAGCUCCAUCAAGAGCGCCACAACUGGUCGUAGGCAGAAACACAAGCUCAUCAAGUAUUCAUCUUCAGUGGACGACGAUCGAUCCUCAGUACCACCAGGGCGCUCUGCUUGGAUAUCGUCUUUACUAUCAUCCUGCAGAAACCAAAAGAAAAGUACAAAUGAUUGAAAUACCUGAUCCAACUAUUCUUGAAUAUGAUCUCACUGAUCUCUUCUGGUGGUGGAAGUAUGAUAUACAUAUCGCUGGCUAUACCAGGAUGGGCACUGGAGUCACAUUAAAUAUUUCUGUUCAGACAGAUGAAGAAAGUAAGUUGUUUGUUGUUGGGGGGUUUUUGGGGAGAGGGGGUUAUUGAUUCUUUCUCUCAUCCAUAUAUAUUUCGAAAUCAGAAGGAUGCGCAAAAAUAAUAAGUAGUGAUAGACUGAUUGUGCCACAGUCGGAAAUUGUCGAUUACCGAUUAUUCAUGCGACAAUCUCAAAUCAUUAAUAAUUCAUGAGUAAAUUAGCCAACCAUAUUGCUUUAUUUUGCUCACAUGAUAAUACUGGAUACCUAGUGAAGUAUACUGAUCCCGUCCUAGGACUAGAUCAAAAUGAAUUCAGUCCUUGGACUGGAUCAAAAUGAAUUCAGUCCUUGGACUGGAUCAAAAUGAAUUCAGUCCUUGGACUGGAUCAAAAUGAAUUCAGUCCUUGGACUGGAUCAAAAUGAAUUCAGUCCUUGGACUAGAUCAAAAUGAAUUCAGUUCUUGGACUGGAUCAAAAUGAAUUCAGUCCUUGGACUAGAUCAAAAUGAAUUCAGUCCUUGGACUAGAUCAAAAUGAAUUCAGUCCUUGGACUGGAUCAAAAUUAAUUCAGUCCUUGGACUGGAUCAAAAUGAAUUCAGUUCUUGGACUGGAUCAAAAUGAAUUCAGUCCUUGGACUGGAUCAAAAUGAAUUCAGUCCUUGGACUGGAUCAAAAUGAAUUCAGUCCUUGGACUAGAUCAAAAUGAAUUCAGUCCUUGGACUGGAUCAAAAUGAAUUCAGUCCUUGGACUAGAUCAAAAUGAAUUCAGUCCUUGGACUGGAUCAAAAUGAAUUCAGUCCUUGGACUGGAUCAAAAUGAAUUCAGUCCUUGGACUAGAUCAAAAUGAAUUCAGUCCUUGGACUAGAUCAAAAUGAAUUCAGUCCUUGGACUGGAUCAAAAUGAAUUCAGUCCUUGGACUAGAUCAAAAUGAAUUCAGUUCUUGGACUGGAUCAAAAUGAAUUCAGUCCUUGGACUAGAUCAAAAUGAAUUCAGUUCUUGGACUGGAUCAAAAUGAAUUCAGUCCUUGGACUGGAUCAAAAUGAAUUCAGUCCUUGGACUAGAUCAAAAUGAAUUCAGUUCUUGGACUAGAUCAAAAUGAAUUCAGUCCUUGGACUGGAUCAAAAUGAAUUCAGUCCUUGGACUAGAUCAAAAUGAAUUCAGUCCUUGGACUAGAUCAAAAUGAAUUCAGUCCUUGGACUGGAUCAAAAUGAAUUCAGUUCUUGGACUGGAUCAAAAUGAAUUCAGUCCUAGGACUGGAUCAAAAUGAAUUCAGUCCUUGAACUGGAUCAAAAUGAAUUCAGUUCUUGGACUGGAUCAAAAUGAAUUCAGUCCUUGGACUGGAUCAAAAUGAAUUCAGUCCUUGGACUAGAUCAAAAUGAAUUCAGUUCUUGGACUGGAUCAAAAUGAAUUCAGUCCUUGGACUAGAUCAAAAUGAAUUCAGUUCUUGGACUAGAUCAAAAUGAAUUCAGUUCUUGGACUGGAUCAAAAUGAAUUCAGUCCUUGGACUGGAUCAAAAUGAAUUCAGUUCUUGGACUGGAUCAAAAUGAAUUCAGUCCUUGGACUAGAUCAAAAUGAAUUCAGUCCUUGGACUAGAUCAAAAUGAAUUCAGUCCUUGGACUGGAUCAAAAUGAAUUCAGUCCUUGGACUAGAUCAAAAUGAAUUCAGUUCUUGGACUGGAUCAAAAUGAAUUCAGUCCUUGGACUGGAUCAAAAUGAAUUCAGUUCUUGGACUAGAUCAAAAUGAAUUCAGUCCUUGGACUGGAUCAAAAUGAAUUCAGUCCUUGGACUGGAUCAAAAUGAAUUCAGUCCUUGGACUGGAUCAAAAUGAAUUCAGUCCUUGAACUGGAUCAAAAUGAAUUCAGUCCUUGGACUAGAUCAAAAUGAAUUCAGUCCUUGGACUAGAUCAAAAUUAAUCCACCUCACUUUAACUAGUGAUUUAUUCGUAUGAGAUGUCAUUUCGAAUCCUCCAAUUCGGACUGAAUAGAUUUCAAAUCCUCGCAUUUGAUCCAGUCCUUGGCUUCGCCUCGGACUUAAGGUUACAGAACACCUUUGAGUGUUAAUUUUGCCUAAAUUUUUUUUAUUGGUUUACAUGAAAGCAUUAGACUAGUUCUACUAUCUGACCAAGUUUGGACGAAAAAUGUUGAAAGAGUUAUUUAAUAAAAUACAUUUCGCUUGCAAUAAGAAAAACAUUGAAAAUGUAAUAUUCAAAUUCAAUUUUCUCCCGAAGAAUUUUACGGCAAUUACUGAUUUUUAAACUAGUUGUGCUCCUGCGGGGUUUAACCAAUUUUUCUCGAAUUUUCAUAGGACAUAGCUAAAGAUGUCAGUUUCAAAAUUGUGUUCGGCUUUGUUCUAAUUUUGGAUAUUUUAAUAAUAAGGAGCAAUUCACACAAACGAUUCAGAAAUAUAUUGCAGUCGUCAAAGAAAUCGCCAUAUCAGCGGAAUGACGACAUAAACAAAAAUUUCCGAACACAAUUUUUUAGAACAACUAUUUUACUGUAUAAAAAUGAUAUUUUCAUAAAUAUAUCUUAAAACCAGCAGGAACAUAACUCAAAAGCGUAAAGGAACCGCGACUUAAGAUAUUCCUGAAUAAUUCUUACACUAUUUUAUUGUUUGUCAAUUUUACAACUUUAUCAUAUUUUGCAUGCACUGGCUAACAUUUGGUAAAAGUUGAUGAAAAUCGGACUGAUUUUGAGCGCGCAGUAGCGAUUUUCCGCAAAACGCCAAAAAGGGUGUCCUGUAACCUUAAUCAAAUCGCGCGGACUUUAUAACAAACGUACUUGCAGGGAGGUGAGUCCGGGAUUGGACGCACCGAGGGUCGCUGGAAGUUUCCCGAACUUACCGAGCGAAGCGAGGUGAGUUCGGGAAACUUCCAGCCACCCGAGGUGCGUCCAAUCCCGGACUCACCGAAGCUGCAAGUACGUUUGGUUUUUAUUCCAUACACCGAGCCAUACACACAUUUGUAGCUCUUCGCGAUAUAUUCGUCGUCUCGUCGAUGUUUUGUGAACAUUUUCCCGGCCAAAAAAAUCACUGGGCAAGAAAAUACUUCUUUAUCUACGUCUAAAUUACCUUUACUGCAUUAUUUCUUUGGUUUUUCUCCAGUCUCAGUAUGUUAGUCACCGAAAAAAGUUCUUUAAAGUUUAGGUUUAUCGGCUAAAUCUUGUCCGCGAUAUUUGUUAUUGUUAUUGCAACGUAAGCAGUUUAUCAGGUGAGUUCGGGCGAAAAGCAGGUGAGCUCGACAAAAAGCAGGUGAGCUCGACGACAAGCUCACCUGCUCUAGACCAAUCAGAAAGCCGCUUUUAACACAGGUAUGGGAUAAGAAAUCUAGUCCAGUCCUCAUAGCCGGAUUUGAUUUGAGACCGAUUUUAUAAUGAAAUUAAUGUCAGUCGUCCGACUAAAGCUGACGUCAUUCAUUUGGAUUUUUUAAUGAUAAUUUCCAACGUAACAUGCUAUACUUAAAACAAAUUCCGUUACAGGUAAACUACGUAAAGCGUUCCUCUUUGUUUGCAAAGUUAGGCAUCGAGGUGUACCAGAAAGCUAAAACAGUAAAAAUUAGAAAAUCUGGACUGGGAAGAUAUUUUAAAGAAAAGAGAAAGCACAAUAUGAUGUUCAAAGCUUUAACUGUCAGACUAACUCUAUAUCUUCAAUUACAUUUAUUCACCAAAUGUGAAAACUGUAAUUCUUCUUAAAGGAGUAAGUAUAGGUAAUAGGGCGGUUUCGAGUGCUGUUUGGAUAAAACAUGCACGAGUGAGUUUUUCAAAGAGCAUCAAAAAGACUCUGAAUGCAUUAUGUCCAAUGCACGCAAGCAUGCUCAUGCUAAUGUCGGAUUACCUACAACAUGAAGUACAUGAAGUUUAUAUUGAACUUUUCUGCAAAAUUGAAGACAUUAUCUGGUAAUGUUUUUUAUAAGUAUUUUUUUUAAUUACCAUGUAGUUUCUCAAAAAAAAUUUUUGUUUGCUUUUAGUUCCAAGUCGUUACCCAGAGAAUAUUCGUGGCGUUGCCUUGACAACGACAAGUAUGUCGUUCGAAUGGGAUCGAAUUCUUCCAGGUUUUGUUCACGGCAUUCUAAUUGAAUACAAUCUAACCGUCCGUGAAACAGACAAUUUCGAUAAUGUGAUUGUAUCGAGUAAAAUUCGUCAUCCUGAAAGAUCUUACUACGUCGAAGGUUUAAAGAAGUACACCAACUAUACGAUGUGGGUGAGCGCUAUCAACAGCAAGGGAGAAGGACCGGUUUACCCUCCUGGACGUAUUAAUUCCACUGGAGAAGACGGUAAGAACUGUUUUUAUUUAUUUAUUUAUUUUUAUUCAACUUCGCCAGGUAAAAUUACACAAAUGACAUGCAUACAAUCAAAUGCAAUACUAGUGACGGAUGGCGGGGAUACCGCUACAGUAAAAAAACAAUUACUGUGGGCACUUCUAACAUAUAAAUUACAUACAAAAAUACCUAGAAACAACAGUUGAUAUCAUUGUUCAAACUUCGACAAGAGUUGCAAUUUAAACAUACAGAUCUCCAUAUUCUUGGGUCACUGCAUCAAAACAAUAAUACUUUCGUAACAAACUCUUAAAUGUACUUAAACAUAUAUUAGCGUGUCUUAAGUCUGUUGGAAGACAAUUCCAAACUGUCGUGACGAGGAUAAUAUACGAUCGCUGGAAUGUACUAUCCUGCGUAAAAAUGAGCAACUUUCACAAAACAACUGUAUUUCAUGAAUAAAAAUAAUUGAUGUAAAUUAUUUUAACAAUAAAAGAACAAAAGAACCUACUAUAAAAAGUGUUUCAGCAGCAUUUCCUGUUGCCUGUUUCUGGCUCUAUUUUGCGCAUUUAUGGCCGUAGUUGGUCAUCAAUUUUUCACUUGUUAAUUGCCCCCGGCGGGACACAUUACAUUUAUCUAAAUCCACGCAACCACGACGCAGCCAAUCACGUUUAGUUUAAAAUGCUAGCUAAAAAGUGUAAUUAUUGCAUUUUUUUUUCUCCAGGUCCCGAGUUUCCACCAGACGACAUCACAGCUUCAACACUCGAACAUAUUUCUGAGAUAAAGUUGGAAUGGACAAGAAUACCUCCGGAACAUCAUAACGGUAUUCUUCGUGGCUAUUACGUUGAAUACACUGCGACAGUUUUGGCUGGCGAAGUUGUGCCUACUGAUAAACGUGUUGUUCAGUCGAAAAGAAUACGGGGAAAUCGUUAUGCGACAGUUCUGACAGAUCUUGAUCCUGGGUCGACGUAUGAGAUUAAAAUCUUCGGCUACACUAUUAAGAAUGGCACCAAAAGCAAUAUAACAGUUGCUGGUAUGUAAAUACCUUGCUAUUAUAGUCGCUGGGGCUGAAGUUUUCGCCUGCCAGACACGAAAUGGGGAAACCAGUUACAUUACAGUUACAUUACAGUUACAUUACAGUUACAUUACUGAAGCUCAUUUAAUAUGCUAAAUCUUAGGGACCAGGGGUGGGCUGGAGUGAUUUGGGAUGGGCUGGAGUGAUUUGGGAUGGGCACGGAAAAUCUUUGGGCAAUUUCGAUGGGCCGCCAAUUUUUUUGUAUGUCCACGGUUGGGUAAGGUUGGGCCACCAAACAAAAACCCAUGCAUGUCUACUUCAUAAAAUAAAGAUAUUAAAAAUAAAAGUAAACAAAACUGUCCAAAUUAUCAAAUGCAAAUAAUGCUAUUGAAGCCAGUACUUUGUUUAUACAACAACAAGAAGUGGUCGAAUCACAGCAAAUACAACCAACUGGAGAGCAGCUCAGUAUCAAUGUGUUGGUCAAGCUUGGUGGAAUUAUGUAUGUCAAUACAGUGCCGUGUAUAUUUUACAAUGUUCAUACCUGCAAGUGUUUUUAUUAUAAAAGUGUAUUUUCCCAAUUUAGAUUGGGUGGGUCAUGAAACAUUUUUUGUAUGAUUAGAUGGGCUUUGAAAUUUUUAUCUGCAUCCUAAGAUGGGUCACCGAACUUAAUUAUUGGCAAAAUUUGUGAUUUACCUCCAGCCCACCCUAGCAGUUACUUUAUGACCAGUACCUUACUCCCAUAUUUUACUUAGAACGUAGACUAACAAUAAGUAAAAUAUUAAAAAAAAACUGAUCCUCGCAUUUUGAUCCAGUCCAUUAAAUGGAAAGCGCCCCUGGUGAAGUAUAUCGAUCUAGUCCUAGCACUGGAUCAAAAUUAAUUCAGUCCUUGGAUUAGAUCGAAAUUAAUUCAACCACUUUAAAUAGUGAGUUAUGUCCUCCAAUAGACCUUUCCCCUUUUCAGUGAAAUUUUGAUCUAGACAAGUCUGGACAAAAAUUUCAUCACAGUUUGAAAGAGCAUCACAAAAUUAGUAAUAUUCCGAAGUUUCGUUGCGAAAUGUUGUAAAAUGCGGAUAAUAUAGCCUUGCGAAGUUUGCCGUUUUUCAGUCAUUUUGUAUUACAAAUGGGAAAUCGAUGAUCAGUUUGAUCAUCUGAUUAUCAAUUUCCCGUUUGUAAUGCAAAAUGACUGGAAAACGGCAAACUUCGCAAGGCUGUUUUUAUCCGCAUUUUACAACAUUUCGCAACGAAACGUCGGAAUAUUACUAAUUUUGUGAUGAAAUUUUUGUCCAGGCAUAUCUAGAUCAAAAUUUCACUCAUAAGGGGAAAUGUCUAUUCAGACUGGACUAGAUUUCAAGUGAGCGCAUUGCGCCGACUUGAAAUCUAGUCCAGUCCUCAUAGACGGAUUUGAAAUAUUACAUCGAGCCACCUUAAAGUGUAUAAUUUCCGUUGCAGAAACCUGUCGUUGUCCAAAAUAUUUGCGUUCCAAUUGGUGGGUUUUUCCUCCCUAUACAAACACGUCCAACCCAGAGUCACCUGGCGGUAUCUUCUUUAUGGUUGCCCAACAAGUUGUGGACGACAUGUGUGGUACUUGUUCAAACGGGCAUGGUCAAACCGAGUUUUGUCACGAAGAAGGCUGUGACAAGAAAAGUCGUCGCCGUCGGUCAACUAGCAAUCGUUAUCAGAAAACCAGUCUGCAAAGUGUUUCGACAAGUGUUGGUGGCAAUGUUGAAAUCAGUUUUCCAGUUCAAGGCAAUAAAUAUAUGACAACCUACGCUGGAGUGUUCCCGUAUAUUUCUGUUGUAGAUGCGCCUGGCUCUGCUUAUUUCACAGUCAAGAAUGUUCCAUCAACCUCCGAAGUUGUUGUCAACGCGUCUUUAGCUUGUUUACCGUUGGUCUUGUUGAUGUCCUUCUUCGCUUGGAUUGCUGGAAUUAUCAUAUGGGUUUUAGUGAGUAAUGAAAACGUUUCAAAAUUAAUAGAACAAACGCAGAAUGUCAGGGUGCGAUAAUUCAAUGGUUGUUGCCGCGUACUUGAGCAGGUAUAAGCUUAAGACUCAAGGUGUACUUAGUCUUUAAAACGAAGUACAUAAUGUACAGGUUUCUGAAAGGGAUUCCUUCAGUAACCAUAAUUGUAUACACAAGCACUACGAUCACUCUAACAUUCCUUAGUCCUAUCUCAUCAUAUCAGUUCAAUCAUGUUUAAUACCCAGUCAUGCUAGACUUGCACAUAUUCCCACUAAGUUUUGGUCUUGAAUAACCUGGGCUUGAACAGAUCAAAUGGUGUAAGCAGAAAGUUAAGCACGCAGAUGAGAAGAGUAUCGCGUACCUACGUGGUACGUAGGUACCAGACCGUAAUAUUGGUACGCGAAUUAUCGCACAACGACUGAAUGUGCUAGAGUCAUAAACGAACUCUGACUCCAUCACAUCUUCAUUUGCAUUAUGUUCUCGGAGUGGUAUUCUUUGUAUCUUUGUAGUAGCCUCUCUUUUUCGUUCAGCUCCAUACAGUAUCAAUAACAUAGUAAAGCAAUCUUGCUCAAUUUUAAAGUUAAUGGUACAUUUUGAUCUUGGUUGCUUAGGAACGAAAAGAAAACAAUGAGCAUUUUCCUGAGUCAUUUACUAAAGGAGUUCCAGAAGGUUUCUGGUGGGCCUACAUUUCAAUGACAACUGUAGGGUAAGUAGUUAACUAGUGAAGAACUACUGCUAAACUGUAAAUAACAUGAUUUUGUUGGGUUUCCCAAAAAAGGGUUUUAUUGAUGUAAAUUUCGUGUUUAAAUUUUAUACAUUUAUUAGAUGAUUGCGUUCUACAUUUCAUAGCAACUUGACAAAAUAACAGCAUUGUUGUAACUUGUUGAUAAGCUUGCAGUCGGUCUGUUGCGAGUAUAUCUUGUUAAUCACUAUAUAUCUCGCCAUCGUUCCUUAGAUACGGAGAUCGCAGUCCAGUUACCAUACCCGGUCGUGUGUUUGCCAUAGUCUGGAUCAUGAUGGGUCUCGUGAUUAUCUCCAUCGUCACGGGGGGUAUUGUGACGUCAAUUACGUCGGUCUUGGUUAUACAGGAAGAUAAAAUAUAUGGAGCACAGGUAAGGCCCUGGCGCACUAUGGGAAAUGCCCAGCUCACUGAGAAACUUGCCUGAGUGAGAUCUACAUGUCCUUUAUUAACGCAUAUAAAAUUCAAUAUGUGUUCAUAUAUGAAAAACAAGCCAGCUAGCCCGGUGAGAUGAGAUCUCAUCUUGUGCUAGGUGGGAUCUUAGUCAAGUAGGGUAAAUUUUCCAUAUGAAGGCUUUAUCCCACCCGACUGGGAUGGACAUUUUUGGCCCUUGCCAACCUUAGGGAAACAUGGAUAGAAAACGAUUUUUUCUGGUUUGCCCACCUUAGGGAAACAUGGCUUUUGGCAACCUUAGGGAAACAUGGAUAGAAACAAUGUUUUCUGGUUUGUCCACCUUAGGGAAACAUGGCUGGCCAACCUUAGGGAAACAUGGAUAGGGAACGAUGUUUUCUGGUUUGUCCACCUUAGGGAAAUAUGACUAGCCAACCUUAGGGAAACAUGGAUAGGAAACAAUGUUUUCUGGUUUGUCCACCUUAGGGAAACAUGGCUGGCCAACCUUAGGGAAACAUGGAUAGGGAACGAUGUUUUCUGGUUUGUCCACCUUAGGGAAAUAUGACUAGCCAACCUUAGGGAAACAUGGAUAGGAAACAAUGUUUUCUGGUUUGUCCACCUUAGGGAAACAUGGCUGGCCAACCUUAGGGAAACAUGGAUAGGGAACGAUGUUUUCUGGUUUGUCCACCUUAGGGAAAUAUGACUAGCCAACCUUAGGGAAACAUGGAUAGGAAACAAUGUUUUCUGGUUUGUCCACCUUAGGGAAACAUGGCUGGCCAACCUUAGGGAAACAUGGAUAGGGAACGAUGUUUUCUGGUUUGUCCACCUUAGGGAAAUAUGACUAGCCAACCUUAGGGAAACAUGGAUAGGAAACAAUGUUUUCUGGUUUGUCCACCUUAGGGAAACAUGGCUGGCCAACCUUAGGGAAACAUGGAUAGGGAACGAUGUUUUCUGGUUUGUCCACCUUAGGGAAAUAUGACUAGCCAACCUUAGGGAAACAUGGAUAGGAAACAAUGUUUUCUGGUUUGUCCACCUUAGGGAAACAUGGCUGGCCAACCUUAGGGAAACAUGGAUAGGGAACGAUGUUUUCUGGUUUGUCCACCUUAGGGAAAUAUGGCUGGCCAAACUUAGAGAAACAUGGCUAGCCAACCUUAGGGAAACAUGGAUAGGAAACAAUGUUUUCUGGUUUGUCCACCUUAGGGAAACAUAGCUGGCCAACCUUAGGGCAACAUGGAUAGGGAACGAUGUUUUCUGGUUUGUCCACCUUAGGGAAAUAUGGCUGGCCAAACUUAGGGAAACAUGGUUAGGAAACAAUGUUUCUGGUGUGCCGACCUUCGGGAAAAACAUUCACAAGAAACGAAAUGCUGUCGUCUUGUGUUCUAAUUAUAUCAAUGUUUCAUUUAGGUUGGAGCUAUUGAGAAUUCCGCUGAGUACUCGAGAGCAGUUAGACAGAAUGCAGAUGGUAAGAAUUAACAUGAUCUUCUUUCAGGGGGGGGUGUGCGCACCCACCCACUCAAACAAUAUUUUGCAACCCCCCCCCCAGAAGGUUUAUCCACCCCACCUCUCUGAAUAUUCCCCCCACCCCCCGAGUAAAAUCUGAAAAUCCGUCUAUGAUUUUCUUACUCUGAUAACCGUCGGACGAUAACAAGUUGUAACAAUUCUGUAGUGCUCAACAACCUUGUAGUAAGUUGUCAGCAAACCCUUCGAGAACUUGUCAACACGCUAGGAACUUGUCCUUAUAUGCUAUAUCUUAGCAGUGCGAACUUAUCCUGUUGACAAGCAGCAUUGCCACAAGUCUGCUGCAGGUUUGUUACAACUUGUGCGUUUUUACGCGUGUAGGCUGUCACCCUGUAUUAAGCGGUCAUUUGCGGAAUCCCGGAGGAAGACCGCUUAAUACAAGUUCGACUGUAUUUGGUAACUCAGUUUAAAAUAUACAUUUCCAACUUUAGUUGUUCCGUUCAAUAAUAUGGAAGAAUUGAUCGCUGCGAUGCACAAUAAGGAGGUCGCAGGAGCUUUACUGGACAUGUAUGCAGCCGCGACGAAGAAAAGCAUGUUCGAUGGAGGAGAUAUUCAGUUGAAUCGUUUGAUAGAGUACCCAACGGGUUAUGGUUUUGUCUUGUCAGGAAACAUGGCUAAGGCUGCUCCUUUGUUUCGCGAGGCUCUCGCUUUAAAGAAGACGCAAAUUUCUCGCAUUGUUGAAGAGAAUACGGACUCUAUUUCGCAGGUUAGUGUCAUGCUGAUAUUUAACCAUAAUAGUUAUGCAAAGUUUGAUGUAAAUUUGUUUGCGCUGCAUAUUACGAAAGCUGAAUUGAACGUAAAAAAUUCUUUAAAAAUAUUUACUUUUAAUAUAAUAGUUUUGUUUGUGGAAACACCACGUAAAUUUAUUACUGCAAAGCUUUCGAUCCGUAAGCCCGGAUCUUCAUCAGCGCUAAUAAUAUAUGACUUGUUCAAUUCACGCGCCCUUUUUUAUAUACAAAAGUGUCGUGAUCUGUUGGCUCGCGUCAAUAUUUACUUUACAGUUUUCACGAUUCUUUCAAAUUUGACAAUAACAAAAUUUCGCGUCCCGCCAAGCACCUUUAAGGCAGGGCCAAUUUUAAGAAUUUUUCAGUAGGACGCACUUCAGAGAAUAGGUAUGCCAUUUUAGUAGUGAUUGACCGAUAAUCGGCAUCGGGCCGAUUUUUGCCUUAUCGGUAGACAAUCGGAAUUGGUAGAAUUAUCUAUAUUUCCGAUUGUUGGGAAAAUACACACUUUAAAAAUUAUAUGCAUUGCACUUGUGUUCUAACGCAAUAUGUUAAAUUAGUGUUUUUGCACAAGUGAACAUAACAAAUCAUACACGUUGAUUGGUCAACUUUGACGUAAUAAGCUGUUAUAUUCACCUACAGGUGAAUAUAACAAAACAGAAAUUUUCAAAAUGGCGCCUUUCCAUUUUGUGGCAGUUUACUGACAAAGAAAAUAAGAAACAAAGAAAAUAGGAAAUAAGCGAAAUUAAAAUAAAUUCAAUCCCAAAAAAGGCAAAGGACUUGUGUAAAAAUACUAAAACAAUUAUUCGCCUCAGGCAGGGUGAUUAUCGGGGAAUAUUCACCUCGACUUCGUCUCGGCGAAUAUUCCCCGAUAAUCACCUCGCCUUCGGCGAAUAAUUGUUAAUUAAUGUGUGAAGCGUGCCAUUUAUUAACGAUCUUUGGUUGCAGUAACAUGUCACGUUGGAAAUUAUCGUUAAAAAAUCGACAUGAAAAAGGUCACCUUUACUCGGUCGACUGAUAUUAUGACGUCAUGAUAUAAUCGGUAUCAGGUAGAUUGUGACAUGAAUAAUCGGCAAUUUCCGAUUGUCAAUCACUACUUUUUACGAAAUUUAGAAGUGCACUUCAGAGAAUAGGUAUGCCAUUUUACGAAAUUUAGAAAUUUGAAAGAACAGUGACCACAUUUUACGCCGGUGCAGCGAUCCACCUUUUGUAAAUUUUGAAAUCUGAAGUCUUUGGAAAUGCCAUUUUCUCUAUUUUGGAGAGAUUUUAUAGAAAUUCUGAUUGGGAUUACUAGGAUUGUAUUUAAGUUGGGGAUGAGAAUAUAGAAAUUGACCCAAUCUUGUUGCAACAGGACAGGAACGAGGCGGAAGAAGCGAAAGAAAAAUCGUCCGGUUUAUUCGAUCCUACAGCCGACGCAUUUCUAACUUCGUUUAAAGUGACCAUCAGUUUGUUAGUCGUGGCAAUUUUUGCUGGCUUGGUCUGGCAUUUUGGAAGGUAUAGGAGAAAAGAGAAAUCCAAGCAGGAUCAAAAAAAUAAAUUGGGUGAGUUUAUUCAUCUUGUGUUGGUGUUGCGCUGUGUCAUUGCGUAGAAUUCCCAAUGUAUACAGGGUUCGUAAAAAACUUGAAAAUCCUUGAAUGUCCUUGAAUUUGAAAACAAAAAUUCAAGGUCUUGAAUGUCCUUGAAUUUGUAAAGAAGUACUUGAAAGUUCUUAAAUUUUUCUAGCGUUAGUCUUGCUCUGAAAUUGUUUGACAUUCAAAACGUACUAUACAAUUACUUCAUGGUUUCCGUGUUUGGAUGGCCUGAUCCAAACACGCGGGAAUGUUGCGAGAGUUAAGAAAAGCGAGCGAAAUCACGAGCCGAAGGCGAGUGAUUUUGCCCGCUUUUCGUAACUCGAGCAACAUUCCCAAGUGUUUGGAUCAGGCCAUCCAAACACGGAAACCAUAAAGUAAUUGUUUUAUAAAAUAACAACAGCACGGUAGUCUUCCGUGUUUGGAUGGCCUGAUCCAAACACGGCUUUCGACCAAUCAGAAUACGCGUUAUAUACAUGUUAUUUUAUAAAUUUUGUUGAAAUGAUUUUGCAUGUUCUCAUAUCUGACGAAGCUGUUUGAAACUCUUAAUGUUGUGUUUUGAACAAUUCAACGUCGGAUUUCACUGAUUUCUAACCCCUUCUCUUCAGUAUUUAGUCCUUGAAUUUGCUGAUACAUGCCUUGAACCUCGCAUGUACGAACCCUGUAUAGAGCGGUCAUUAUUUUUAAGCCCAGGCACAGAGUAAAUAAGAACGUGGCAUCCCUGAAAUUAACGAGACCUCUGUACAGGGCCGUACCUAGACGCGAUAAGGGUGUAUAUUCAUAUAUUCAUGUUCACAUACCGUUAAAACAAUCGCUUUCAAAAGAAAUCCGUCGGGCAGAACACGAAUAUAUGAAUAUGCCCCCCCCCCAAUUAUCGGUCUGGCUACGGCCCUGCCUCUCUACGUUAGCAAGUGCUCAAAAGAGAGGCCGUCACCCGCCUGAAAACAUGAAAACAUAUUGAAAUUUAAUGUUCCAGGGGGGGGGGGUGAAUGCCUCUCUUUAGGGCACUUGCUAAGGACAAGGCCGCCAGAUAUGCGCAGUAAGAACUACCUUACGUUUUUCUCGCGAAGUGAGACCUCUGUAUGAUGCUCUGUGGCACAUGCAUCACUUUAUAUUCGGUGCUUGAGUUUGUUAAUUUCAACCGUACACAGUGAGCUCGAUAUGUACUGGAGUGAGAACUCGAGUCCAAAAAGUGAAGAAUAACACUAUGGUUUUAUGAACUGAUAACUUGGUUAGCGAUACGGUCCGUUAGAAAAAAAUUAGAAUUAGCUGGGAGGAGAAUGGUGUAAAAGCUGUUUACGACCUUCAGAGCUAUUGGAUAUCAAUGGCCGCUAUGUUGGUUUCACUUUUCCCAUAGGCCGAAUGGCUGAAGUUCUACAAUCUUGGACAUAACUGGUUGAGACUAUUUUCCCCCUAUAGAAAAUUCGCGUAUUUUUAUGAUAAACUCCAUGUUGAAUCAUGUUGUCAUUCUUAAACCCCCGCUCCCCCAACUCAAUGUUGAGCUUGUAUCAUGGUAUAUUACCAAAAGUUGUUUCGGCGUUGUUCACAACAUUGAACUGGGGGGGAGGGGGAGACAAAGUUUGUUUUGUCAAUGUUCAAUAACUUUGUAAUAUUAGCUGGAAUGGUCUCAAGGGUUUUGUCCAAGAUUGUAGCUCCAGGUAUAUACAUGGAGAUCACUGUUUCAACAUUAGUUCAAUCGAGUGCAUGAGAUGCCCCAAAACCCGGACAAGUACCGUAGCCAGAACGAUAAUUGGGAAAUAUUCAUAUAUUCGUGUUCACAUACCAUAAAAAUAAUUGAUUUCAAAAGAAAUUAAUAAUUUAAAAGCAGAACACGAAUAUAUGAAUAUAUAUCGUUCUGGCUACGGCACUGUCCCGGACAUUUGCGCAUAGAACCUUACCAUAAUUUCGUUUUACUUUCGCAGAGGAAAGCAUCCCUUCAUUCCGUGUUUCGGAAUAUUUAAAAUCAGACGGUCGACAAACGUUAGAAGAAUUCACAAGAUCUUUAGAACAAAAAAUUGCAUCACUAAAAAACAAACAGAUCAGAGAGCGUAAAAACACUUGGCUUUUUAAAACAACGAGGGACAGAAUGAGAACAACCACGUCAAUACCAUUGGACAUACGAAAGUCUACUGCUCGCGUCUGUCCUGAAGUAAAUACUGGAGAAAACACAGGCUUUGCUGACGAUGAACCGCCAACCACGUCACCACGUCAGUCAUCCCUUUCGUCAUUUUAUGAUUACCAAAGAAAGAAAUCAUCUCAGGUUUAUCCAAUGAAAGACCAUUCUUCAUCACAAGGUUAUCAGAGUCAGGACUCGUUGAAGGAACAGGAAGAUUCCAUGUAGAUUGUAGUGUUCAAGAAUACUGAAUACCUGACUGGAACUCAUUUAACAAAGUGUUUCGCAAUUUUAAGCCUCUAGAACUUCAUUUUCAGCAUUUUGAAAUACAACGUUCUGAUAUACGGGGUGUGCCAAAACAAAUGAAAUAGACGUGUUUCAGAUUCCUACACCGCUAAUUGUUAAUGGACAUCGAAAACUAGACACUAUGGUCUAUGCAACUUGUCUUGCAAUUUUGUUGCAAGGUGUAUCAUGCCUCGCAAUCAACAAGCUUCGCACGAAGUAGAAUCAGGUUCUACUUUUUGCAACGAUUGUGGCAACGCUGCAACGCAUUUUUAGAGCAUUACACAGUCUAACAUCCCUCUUGCAACAACUCUCGCAAUGUUUAUACACUAAAUGGCUCCUGUUAGCUUUUGACUGUCAAUCUGGCGCCAAACGUUAGCACUCACUGUUUUUAUACUAUUUUUAAUAAUGAUCAUUGCAAGUUGCAUGGAACAUAUUGCUUGAUGUAACAUCCCUUGCGAUAUAAUGCUGAAAUGUUUUUUCUUAACAUUGCGAGACAAGUUCAGCGCCUUAGUCUAUAAGAGAUGAAUUUUGACACUAAGAUUAUUACAUGUACAAUUGAUCUUGGAGAACCAAUAUUAUGCCUGUUUAAAAUGAAGUCUGGUUCACUCAAUCCACCAUUGAAAACAUGCAUCAGUUGUGUUACGUAUCAACAGGUUUGAUGGCCUCUCAAGACCCAUUUCCGCAGAAAGAAAAUUUUGUAAAUGCGAUUGGCCAGACACAAGUUUUCCGUCGGAAAAAAUUUGAUGUUGAUAAUUCAAUAAUAUUUUCGGAAAAUUUUCUGUCCGUGGAAAUUUGUCUUGAUAUUGGUUCCACUUGAUCGGGGACUGACGGACAUCUAAUAAUUUUUACACAUGAUGAUACCAUUUUAAAUCUCGAAAAUACUCCUAAGAUUCCAUUAUUAAUGAAAACAAUUUUAUAUAUUACCAUGUAAGAGCAAUGGAGAUAUCUUUUCAUUUAGUAUUACUGAAUUAAUAAUAAAUUAUUGCACAUAUUAAAAUGUAUUAGUUACAAAGAUGUGUUGGCAGUUUCUUCAGUUUUAUGAUGUUCUCGUAUAGUUUAGUGGUCUAUUUACUUUGUGGCAACAUCUUAAGAAGAUUAAGGAUUCAACACUGUCUUAAUCUACAGAAUCAAUUCCAGAUUUAAGUAUAUAUUUACAGAACAUUUUUCUAUCUAGGACUAGGUAUUUUUGUAUUCAUUAGUCGUUUCUUUUUUCUUUAAUAGUGCCUAAAUUGUUAUUUUAAAGCAUGCUGGACAUUUUCAAGAGUUUAGUGUUGAUACAAUACUAGUUCUUGGUAAUCGAUUAUAUUCUUAUUCGAAAUUGCUACUUCCGUCUGCACUUAAUAGAAGUUUCGUUUUCACAGCGUCCUUUCUUUUAUGAUCUAUUUGCGAGCACAGACAGUGUGAGUAAAUCGAUUAACGGUACCAAGGCGUCAACUUGCUCAGGUAAAUAAUCACUUAUAGGCUGACCAGAGUUCAGGUGUCCUUCAUAAGCCUCGAGCCACAGUCUCCCCUUCAUAAAAACCUCGUACAAUGUGUCUUGGGCAUUCCAGUGCAGAGGGUAGAAAUGGCAUAUAGAAAUGCAUCCAUCUUUAACACCCAACGUGUGAAACUCUGAGUUGUUUUCUGGUAAAGGCUGCCCGUUUUUCUGUAGCAAAUUCUUCGGUGACACAAUUGUCAAUUUUGGACAGGAGUUAGGAAAAUCUUCGGGUAGGUUGAUAAGUAAUGCAUAGCUUUUGUUGUUGUUUGUUUCGAAUUUGACCUCGACUUUUGUUGAAUGUCUAGGCGAUAUCCAUGUCACUCUCUCAGGAAAAUAUUUAUCUAACAGCUCACGUUCAAUUUUGAGACGAUAAAUCUGAGAUGGAGACCAAGCAGUGAACAUUUUUACCUUACGAAAUCAAAACGCUUCAAUGACAAUGUUUACACCACCCGUUGUGCGUUUUCUUGGAAGAAUAAAUCAUGCUAAUGAGUUUCAAGAAAGGAGUAAUGUUACUUGGAAAUGUGGAAUAAUUCAUUGUUGUGGUAGCUAUGGGAUAAAACUUGGAAUUUUACAAGGAAGAUUUUAAAACAUGGUUUGUACAAGACUGGAAUUAGAGCAAAAUUCAAGGACUUUUCAAGGCAUUCAUCAGGAAAUUAAAGGGCUGAAAGGAAGGCAUUAGAAAUCAUUAAAGGGGAAGUCAAGUCCGUAAUGUAAACAAACGGUUUGUUUACAUUUUGAACUGCUGUAUUUUUUUAAAUAUUAUGUACUGUCUGAAUAUCUAACACCAUUUUGGUUCGCUAUGCUUCUAAAUGAAUAUGAAAUAGAGUUUAUGUUCAGAAAAAUUCGAAAUAUUCUAAAUUUGGGCAAUGUUGAUCACAUUAGAGGUCCUCACAUUAUGAGCAGAACCGAUGCGCAGAACGGACUUGACUUCCCCUUUAAAAGUUGAAAUUGCAAUUUUGUAAUAGUGAAUCUCAAACAGCUUUUUUGGUCAGUUUUAUUAAUGUUCUACGCAAAGAAUAACAAGGCGACAAAUUCAGAAACUAAAGCAAGAUGAAUUCAAGUGGCCUAGUCCUCUUGCCUUCCACGCGCGGGGAGUUACAAGCUUACCCAGGUUCCAGAGGCUCUUUGCGAGGCGAAAGAAACGAGAGUUUCGCCUCGCAAAGUGCCAAAGAGCCUCUGGAACCAGGGUAUUACAAGCUGUGAUAUCCACUGGUUUCCCAGUGCAUAGCUUGUCAAAAUAGCACCCUAAAACAGUAAGGCGGUAGCGAAAAGGGCAAAAGCACGGAAUAAAUAAAAGGCCGAUAAGUAUCAGGUUGAAGAAUUUAGAAUUCAAGGACUUUGAAGACUUGAAUUUUUGUUUCUAAAUUAAAUGUCUUUCCAGGGACUUGACGUUUGGACGCGGGCGACAUUAAAAUUUGAGUUGUAUCAAAGGUUUAGUAGCGAAUGGUCCUAUAAAAUUCUCCAAUAAAUAUGCUCCACCCUUGAAAUUGAUAUUUGAUUUGCUUGCUUGCAAUUCCUGAAUUAGUACGUAAUUAAGGUGAUUCGUCAGUUUUGCAUUGCGCAUAUGUAAUAACAAAUUCUAGCUAAAGCUAAUAUAUGUAGUCGAACUGCAAUGGAAAGUGAUAAAGAAAG